AAAAAAGAGGCGUGGCCCUUUCGUCCGCAGUGACCUCUGUCCCUUUAAAGCGACGCCUUCAAGGGUGUUCGUCGACAUCAAACCCCCUCAGUGGCGUCAUAAUAGUCGGCGGUUUUUGCUCGUGAAGAAAAUAUGGCGCUGCUCACGCCUCUGUUCGCGUUUUUGUAUCACUUACCGCAGGUUUAUAAAUGGCUCCUGAAGCCGUAUUAUGUGGCGUCGUUUUUCAUGUCGCUGGCUUUCCUGAUGGUUCGAAAGACUCCAGGGAUCUGCGAGCAUCUCUCCACACAGAGGGAGGACGGAAACCCCUGCGACUUCGACUGGAGGGAAGUGGAGAUCCUGAUGUUUCUCAGUGCUAUAGUCAUGAUGAAAAACAGAAGAGCAAUAACGGUUGAGCAGCAUGUAGGGAACAUCAUCCUCUUCUCUAAAGUGGCCAAUAUGAUCCUGUUCUUCAGAUUGGAUAUCCGCAUGGGAUUGCUCUACCUGACCCUCUGCCUUGUGUUCCUUAUGACCUGCAAGCCUCCUUUGUACAUGGGCCCCGAGUACAUCAAGUACUUCAGUGAUAAGACCAUAGACGAAGAAUUGGAAAGAGACAACCGUGUGACCUGGAUUGUGGAGUUUUUCGCUAACUGGUCUCCAGAGUGUCAGUCGUUUGCGUCUGUCUAUGCUGAUCUGUCCUUGAAGUACAACUGUUCUGGGCUAAAGUUUGGAAAAGUAGACGUGGGCCGAUACGGUGACGUGUCUAAAAAAUACAAGGUGAGCACAUCUCCACUUUCCAAGCAGCUGCCAUCUCUGGUGCUCUUCCAAGGAGGGAAAGAAGUUAUGCGACGCCCCCAAGUGGACAAGAAAGGACGAGCAGUAUCUUGGAGCUUCACCGAGGAGAACAUCAUCCGAGAGUUUAAUCUGAAUGAGCUGUAUCAGAAAUCAAAGAAAUUGAACAAAACAAAAGGAGAGCGGAACGAGAAACUCGGCGAUUCGCAGUUCCCCCCAGUUCCUGAGGAGGAGGAACCCGAGAUGGAUGUUCCAGAGAUGGAGAAAGAGAGCAAGAAGGACAAAUAAGAUUAGGAGAUAACACUGGGACAUCACUUUGGAACUGGAUGGGUUUAUAUAUAUAUAUAUAUAUAUAUAUAUAUAUAUAUAUAUAUAUAUAUAUAUAUACACACACAGAGCAAUGUGCAGUGCCCAGAGUUGUGUGGGAACAAGUUUUCUUUUUGGUUGAAGCCACCCAUAAUCAAAAAAGUUAAAUGAAUGGAAUUAAAAAAAAUGGCAUAAUGCUGUUUAAGAACCCCUAGCCCUUCACUGGCAUUGGAUUGGGGUUUAAAUGGGAUCAUGUGCCAGCUCAAAAGUGUUUUAUUUUUAACGAUUCUACAUUUUAUGUCUUCUACCUCUAAUGAGUUAAUGAUCAUUGUUGAUUAAUUUAUAGGAUAUUCUUUUUGUAGCUAGUUGCAUUUGUAGAAUUAAUUACUACUGAUGGAUUUCUAAUUUUUUCAUUCCAUUUUUUUUGCUGAUUCAUUUUUAUUUGCCAGACAUUCAGUAGUUUUGGCAACGUAUUUGCCUGAUUAAGUUUCACCGCUCACAUUUCUAUAGGACAGACUUGGCUCUCUAAAGGGGGGGUGCUGUCAGUGUUGGUUACAACAGUCCUGUGUUAAGGAUGACCAAACUAUCAAAUGCUAUGUGAUGAUAUUUUCAAAGACUUGUCAUUUGGCACAGAUAUAUUGCAUUUCCACAUCCUUUUGCUUAAGCUGCACAGUCUUAAAUAGGUUUUUGCUUAAUGCAUCCAUUUCUGGGUUUUCCAUCUUGUAAAAAAAAAAAAUGGAAGCUUGUGGGAUGUUUUGGCAUUUUUGUAAAAAAACAGAACGCUUUCUGUUCUCUGCUUUACUUCAGGUCAUCCUGCAGUCAGUGGCCUUGUAUACCCUCUUUAUAAAGCACAUCAUUUCACUUAGAUUGCCCGCAGAAAGAACUGUAUGCUGCAUGCACCCUAGUGACUGAAUGGUUUUUAUCGUUAUUCCAAACCACACUUACUGUAUAGUAUUUAACUCGAUUGCAAGUGGCUGUGUGCUGAGAGGUUUUGGAUGAAGGUUGAUAUUCCAAAAAAAAAACCCUUAGUGCUUCUCAAUAGUUCACAAGUAUGUUUAAAGAGGACCUCUUUUUUUUGUUCUUUGCAAUGUUAUACUUACUGCUAAUAUAAAGAUGUCUUCACCCCCACAAAUGUUUUUCAGGUCUUAACUGGAAUGCCUGCACAAAUAAUCGGAGCUAAUACAUCUGCUCAUAACACUGGAACUUUAUUGAUCCUAAAGUUACUACAGGAAAAAAAAAAGAAUGGAAAUAAACUGUGAAGAAUAAUUGAUUGGGAACAAAACAAAAAUGCCCUUAAACUCACUUGGGUUUGUUUAUGAAAAUAAAAGCCAGAGGGAAACCCAGUGUAAAUUAAUGUACAAGUUUAAAAAAAACUAUUCUUCAUUAUAUCAUGGGCUGAGGUAAACUUUUAGAUAGAACACCAAGAUAACAACCCUGUGUUGCCCCAAAGAAGUCCAGUCCUUCCUGUUACUACUUUGCAUGCAUUACAUACAAAUUUACUGCAAUAAACCUCAAACAGGAAGUAAAGCUUCCAAAGUAAAACAUGAAACUUGACCCUGAAUCAGUCAAAAUCUAAUCAGUUCUGCUGGUUACAAUAAUAAUUAUAUACAAAAUGAUGCAAACUUUUAACCAUUCAUUUCUGAUAUAUUGUCAGAGGUGGGAAGUAACGAAGUACAAAUACUGGUAUCAGUACUUCAGUAUUUUUUUUCUAAAACACAUUUCUACUUUUAAAUAAACCAAUUCACAUCGAAAGCAAAUAUUCUCUGAUUAUGAAAUCCGUAUAAAAGUUAUGAGGUAGUUUAUCCGGUAUCACCUCAUUAACUGUCCGUGUGGAAACAGCAAAUUUGCCAUUUGGUGUCCUGAUGAUUUACGUCAUUUAAAACACCAUAAUUACUUUAAAACGUUAACAAGAAAAUUUUGUCUUAAUGCUCUAUGUGCUGAGUUUGGUUUUACGAAUAAUAAACAUACAUUUGCAUAAAGCCUUAAGAUUUGUCCACACCCAUGUUGAUUAGAGUAUAAAAAAAUAAUUGAAAAGAAAAAUUUAAGGUACAUUUAAAACAGAUAAUUUGCGAUUAAUCGUGAGUUAACGCAUGACAUAAGAUAAUCGCGAAAUAAUCGCACGAUUAUGUUUAAAGAUUGACAGCCCUGAUAUUAAUGUGACGUCCAGUUUCCAGUGUGACACUGAAACAGGUAGUAGUAAUAGCUGAUUUUUACACAUGUACAUGUCAGAGCUCAAACUUUUUUACUUUAACUUGAGUUAAAAAGUGUAGUCAGUACUUCAACUUUUACCAGUCUUUUUAAAAGCACAAGUAUUAGUACUUCUACUUAAGUGAAGGUUGUGUGUACUUUUGCCACCUCUGGAUAUCAUGCUAAAAAAAACUUUCAGACAAAUGGACAUCCUGAUGAAAUGAUGCUAAAAACAGGAUAAAUAAUAGAAAAUUUUAAUCAAGUGUAAAUAGCAUGCUUCGCCCUUCUAAAAAGGUUCAAUUUGUUUAGAUCUUGCCUCAUAACCAUGACAAAAGGCAAUAACUUCACUUAAAGUUCAGCUAUGUUUACCUGAAGGCAAAUCAACAAAACCAGUCAAAGGGCUGGUAUUCAUGUUUGCAAAUACAUAACAGAGAAAGUGUGUGAGCCUUUCUGAAUGAUUCAAAACGAAUGGCAGAUGAAUCCAUUUAAACCCUUUCAACCUCCUUUCAUUAAGGUCUCCUGAAGAUGGUUAUGGACCAUGCCCACUUCUUACCCUUCUGGGUGCCAAUCAAUGUGGAACUGAGUUGGUACUGGUUGGUGGAUGUAAAUAUGUGGCUUAUUCAGUAAUUGGUUGAAGGUGAAAGGGUUAAACUGAUGUACAGAAGGACAUGUGUAAAAUUUGUAAAAGAUAAAUUUUUGGGGGAAUUGGUAAAUACUAGGGCCAAGUUUCCCAAAACCAUUACAGCAAAAAAAGUUAUUUUAAUGAUAACAUGACAAAAUUACCACCCGAAUUUAUUUUUAUUUUUUUAAUUCACACCAGCAGGUUCAAACCAUGUCAAAUCUUUUAGGUUGAACAGUAAAUCAGUCAGUUGUGCAUCUUACCAUUGGAGAGAUGAUGAAUCGGUGUUGAUAAUUAUGUAUUCUAAAUGAAUUGAUCUAGACUAAUACUUUGUUUAUAAAGUGUUUAUUAACAAUGCUCAACCACAUUCACCCACACAGACACACAUUCAUCAUACACACAGCUAUACAGUACACCAGUUUCCUUCUUCAUUAACAUACUGAUCCAGAUGCCAGAUAUUUACUGUUGUUUUUUUAUUCUCGUAUAUGGAAUUGACAAUCUGUCAAUGUGGCUGUUAAACAUUCUUUUUUUUCCCAACUGAUUGGACAAACAUAUGGUCUACAUUUCAAUCCAAAGCCAUCAACAUUUUGAGGAAUCACUGAAACACAAAACUUGCAAAAUAUCCACAAUAAUUUUUUUUUUUUUAAGUAAAAAUUAAAUAAAAAAAAAAAAGGCAUUUUUAUAAUUCAUAACUACAGCAGUCACUCACUGACUGGUUCAACCAUUUUUCAAUCCAAUCCAACUGGUUUCCCACCUCUCUGGUCACCGAACUUCUUCAAGAGUCAGCUAGACAAGGGCACUAGAGAUAAUCUCUUCAAUAGGAAUUUAUAAACCAAAGAAGACAUUAUCUCACAGACAGACUUUACAAGGUAACUCUGAAAAUAUAUCCCACAAAAUGUGCUCAACUGUGUCAUAUAUUCAGAUGCUACAUUUCAUGGGCUGAGCGUUACACUGGAUUCACCAGGCUGACUCUGAGGCAUGUCUUAACCUGGAGACACAGACUCGGCCACCGUGUGGUCAUAGCAACCGUCAUUCAACAUUAGACAAGUCUCCCUUCCCGCCCAUUUGAUAGGUUAAAAACCCAAACUGGAUACAAAUCUAAUCAUCCUCAAUAAAAAAAAAAAUCCCAGAGUGCAUUUGAGCAACAUGUAUUUAGAGGAGAUUCUCUGAUCUUCAUACAUAACAUGUACAAAUCACAGAACCUACCUAAAUCCGGCGCUACUCGAGCACGCCAGAAAUGCUUGAUCAUAUCAAUAGCUAUUUAGAAAUUCAUAUAAAAUAAGAUUGGAAGAUUAAAUAAAAACAUCUCAUCGAUUUCUAAGUCCGUUGCUUCGAAAACAUUCUCUUGAAAAGGAUCAUCUCAAUAAAACAUCAAUUUAGUCCAUUUCAUUAGCCACUUUUAAUUCUCCCCUUCUAUGUUUAAUGCACCAUAGUAGAAUAGUCAUGAUCCAAUCACAGUGGUCCGAAAUUGCAAAAAUGUGUCAAAGUCUCUAAUUUAAACCCAAUCAUUUGGAGAAGGGGA